AUGCCUGCACUUGUCUACAUCCCCAGUUCGCCGCAGGUUACACCUGAACAGCGUGCGUCAAAUCGUAAUGCUGCUGAUUCUUCACCGAGGAUGGUGGAUACCCGACAAACAUAUUGUGUCCUACCCACGAUCGGGAGUGGACUACACCGACUAUACGCUCAGACAGCUAGACGUUUUCGCUUGGAGGGCUGCAAAUGCCCUGCACGGCCAAUCCAACUUGGAGUAUCUCAUCACGCUGAUAGCACCGACGAGGCCAUUCGGUGCUAUUUCUGUGCACUCGUCCAAGUAUCGUACCUAAUUGCCAUUCUGUCGCAAAAUCAGUUUGAGGUAUUUUACAGUGUACCUCAUGCCCUGAAACUUUUGUCUGAAACCCCAAGGAAAAUCGAAGUACUUGGAGCUGUAAAGAUUGUCAUUUACGGGGGGUCUGCAUGCCCAGAUGACUUGGGCAACCUGCUGGUUGAGAAUGGCGUACAUCUUGUGAGCCAUUACGGCGCGCAAGUCCCUCCCAACGAUGCAGAGUCCGUCAAGUUGCAGGAUAAAGAUAUGACCCGAAGCACCCAAAUUGGCCAGCUGAUGACAUCUUUCCGACCCCAAGAAGACAAAGCUUGGAAAUAUUUCCGGGAAAUGGAAAAGAUACCCCCGUUCUUGUACUGGAAAACCUUUCUGUUUACUGCUGCUGUCCCCGAAACAGAAGUGGCAGACAAAUUCGUCAAACACUCUCUGCGAGGCCUAUGGCGAGCCAAGUCGAAUCAACCUACUUCAAAAACGGUUGUCGUAGUUGCGGGACCCUGUGCAACGGGCAGGACAACCGUUGGAACGGCUAUUGCCAACGAGGCCAAUGUCCCCUUUAUUGAAGGCGCCUCCUUGCACACUGAAGCUGCUGUCGCAAAUAUGAGGGCGGACAUCGCUGUCACUGAAGAUUACCGCAUGGCUUGGCUCGACCGAGUUGUACGGCGUACGGCAGAGGUAUCACCGAGCUUGGCUACGGCAAAGUCUUUGUAA